UCCGGGAUCUCGCGCGGUCUUUGUUUGAUCCGUAGAGUACCCAGAGUGGGUCUCUUCCGCGCUGUUGGGUUUUCAGAGGUCUUAGGUGUCUCUGCCGAAACCUCUGGGACCUUGUGACCUGCAGGUAUUGGGAGAACAAUUGAGAGCACACCCGGAAACCCCGGAAGUUGAAAAAUGAAACUGUUGACAUUCGAGGAUGUGACCAUAGAAUUUUCUCCAGAAGAGUGGGCAUGCCUGGACCCUGCUCAGAAGAAUUUGUAUUGCAAUGUGAUGUUAGAGAACUAUAGCAACCUGGUCUCCCUAGGUCUUCCUAUGGCUAAGCCAGAUCUUAUCAUCUGUCUGGAGCAAAGGAAAGAGCCCUGGAAUGUGAAAGGAUAUGAGAUGGUAACAGAACACCCAGCUCCAUCUUCUCAUUCCACUCAAGACCAUUUGCCACAGCAGGACUUAAAUAUUUCAUUCCAGAAAAUGGUAUUGACAAUAUAUGGAAGCUGUGGCCUUGGGAAUUUAAAGUUAAUAAAAUCCUGGGAAUGUAUGUGUGAGUAUAAGGAGUAUACAAGCUGUUAUAAUGGACUGAACCAAUAUUCAAUGACUAACUGUAGCAAAAUGUUCCAGUCUAAAAAAUGUUUGUUCCAAAACUUGUCAAGUAUAGAUAGAGAGAAGAUAAGACACACUAUAGAGAGGCCUUUUAAAUGUAAAGAAUGUGGGGAGGCCUUUAACCAGUGCUCACACAUAAAUAAACAUAACAUAAUUUAUAAUGGAGAGAAAACUUACAAAUCUAAAGAAUGUGGCCAAGUGUUUAAAUCUUGCUCAAGCUUUACUAAACUUAAGAGAAUUUGUAUUGGAGAGAAACCUUACAACUGCAAAGAAUGUGGCAAAGCAUUUAAUGAGACCUCAUACCUUACUAAACAUAAGAGAAUUCAUACUGGAGAGAAACCUUAAACAAAUGCAAAGAAU